GCCAGAAGAUACCACUUCAACUUUAACACAGCAUGAUCGAAACGUACGGUCAACCUUCUCCCCGCUCUGUGGCCACCGGACCCCCUGUCAGCAUGAAAAUUUUUAUGUAUUUACUUACUAUUUUUCUUAUCACCCAGAUGAUUGGGUCAGCACUUUUUGCUGUGUAUCUUCAUAGAAGGUUGGACAAGAUAGAAGAUGAAAGGAAUCUUCAUGAGGAUUUUGUAUUCAUGAAAACGAUACAGAGAUGCAACAAAGGAGAAGGGUCCUUAUCCUUGCUGAACUGUGAGGAGAUUAGAAGCCAGUUUGAAGGCUUUGUCAAGAAAAUCAUGCUAAACAAAGAGGAGAAUAAAAAUGAAAACAACUUUGAAAUGCAAAAAGGUGAUCACAACCCUCAAAUUGCAGCACAUGUCGUAAGUGAGGCCAGUGGCAAACCAGCAUCUGUUCUACAGUGGGCUGAAAAAGGAUACUACACCAUGAGCAACAACUUGGUGACUCUGGAAAAUGGGAAACAGCUCACCGUUAAAAGACAAGGACUCUAUUACAUCUAUGCCCAAGUCACCUUCUGUUCCAAUCGGGAAGCUUCGAGUCAAGCUCCAUUUAUAGCCAGCGUCUGCCUGAGGUCCAUUGGUGGAUCCGAGAGAAUCUUACUCAGAGCAGCAAACACCCACAGCUCCUCCAAACCUUGUGGGCAACAAUCCAUUCACUUGGGAGGAGUAUUUGAAUUGCAACCAGGUGCUUCGGUGUUUGUCAAUGUGACUGAUCCAAGCCUAGUGAGCCAUGGGACUGGCUUCACAUCCUUUGGUUUACUCAAACUCUGAACAGUGUGACCUUGCAG